AUGACAGAUGAUCUUCAGAAGACUUACCUCUUCCUGGAGGAGACUAGUGGGAUACCCCAGGGCAUCUGCAGAGGUACUAAAUGCAAUUUAUGGACAGGUUUAUUUAUUUCUCUGGAUCAACCAACCCUUAGCAUCCGAAAAGAUGUCCUCACAAUAACUGCAAAUGACACUCUAAAUAUUACUUGCAGCGGUCAGAGACCACUGGAGUGGUCCUGGCCAAGCAACCAGAGCAGUGCUGAGAAGCGUAUCUCUGUGACAGACUGUGGCGAUGGCCCCUACUGCAAGACACUUACUCUCCUCAAAGUCAUCAGCAAUGACACAGGGGACUACAGGUGCCUUUACAGGGACAACCAGGCAGCUACAACCAUUUAUGUCUACGUUCAAGAUUACAGAUCUCCAUUUGUGACUUCAGUUAGUGAUCAGCUUGGCAUUGUAUACAUCACUAAGAAUAAAACUGUGGUAGUGCCGUGCCUUGGAACCAUAUCAAAUCUCAAUGUAUCUCUACAUGCGAAAUAUCCAGAAAAGAUAUUUGUUCCUGAUGGUAAAUCAAUCUCGUGGAAUAAUAAAAAAGGCUUCACUAUACCCAGUCAUUUAAUCAACUAUGCGGGCAUGGUCUUCUGUGAAGCUAAAAUAGAUGAUGAAAGCUAUCAGUCUGUGAUAUACAUAGUCGCAGUUGUAGGAUACCGAAUUUAUGACCUGACGAUGAACCCGCACUACCAAGUAGAACUGGCAGUGGGAGAAAAACUUGUUCUCAAUUGCACCGUAAGAACGGAGCUGAAUGUAGGAAUUGAUUUUAAAUGGGACUACCCUUCUGUCAAGGAAAAACGUGCAACCAUAAGGGAUUUAAAAACCACUGCGGGAGAAGUAAAGAAGUUUGUAAGCACUCUUACCAUCGACAGUGUGUCCUUAAGUGACAAAGGUCGAUAUACUUGCGCAGCAUCCAGUGGCCGUAUGAACAUGAAAAACAGCAGUUACUUCAUUAUCCAUGAAAGUCCUUUUAUUCACCUGGAGAGAAUGGAGAAUGUGGUUGAGACAAGGUUAGGUGAUACAGUCAAAAUUCCGGUCAAGUUUAAAGGAUAUCCUCUACCAGAGGCGAAAUGGUAUAAAAAUGGAAAAGCCAUCAAUGCAAAUCAUACAGUUAAACUUGGCUACACGUUAGUGAUCACUGAAGCAACUGAAAAGGACGCUGGGAAUUACACUGUUGUCCUUACAAACCCUACUAACAAGAUGCAGAAGAGAUAUACGUUUACCCUGCUUGUGAAUGUUCGCUCGGGAGCCAAUCCGUAUGCAUGCAGGAAAUGGAAAGUGAUCUCGGAGAGAAAGGGUGGGAAUCAGGUUGAAAUUAAGCACCGAGUUGUUACUAUUGCUGGGAAAACAAAGACUGUGAGCACCCUCGUGAUUCAAGCAGCGAAUGUAUCUGCUUUGUAUAGAUGUAUGGCUACGAACAGAGCUGGGUCAAGUGAGAGAGUUAUCUCCUUUCAUGUGACCAGGGGUCUUGAAAUUAAUCUCCAGCCUCGGAAUCAGCUCACAGAGAAGGAUAACAUGUCCUUGCAAUGCACGGCAGACAAAUUCACCUUUGAGAAGCUAUCAUGGUACAAACUCAGUGCUCACGCUUCGCAGACUCCCUUUGGAGGGCUGCCCAUGCCCGUUUGCAAGAACCUCAAUGCUCUCCAGAAGCUGAAUGCAACAGUUUCAAAUACCAAUGGUGAAAAUGUCACCUUAGAGCUCAUCCUUCGUAACAUCUCCCUCCAGGAUGGAGGAGACUAUGUUUGCAUUGCUCAGGACAAAAAGGCUAAAACACAGCACUGCCUGGUGAAGCACCUCACUGUUCAAGAGCCCAUGGCACCUACACUCGUAGGAAAUCUGGAAAAUCAAACAACAAACAUUGGUGAAACCAUAGAAGUGUCAUGCACAGCGAAUGGCAUUCCUCCUCCAAACAUCAUGUGGUUUAAAAAUAACGAAACCCUUGUUGAAGAUUCAGGUAUUGUUUUGAAAGAUGGAAACAAAACACUAACCAUACGUCGAGUAAGGAAAGAAGAUGGAGGGCUAUACACCUGCCUUGCCUGCAACGUCCUUGGAUGCAGAAAAGCAGUGGCUUUUUUUUCAGUGGAAGGCGCUGAAGAGAAAACGAAUCUGGAGCUCAUUAUCCUUGUUGGCACUGCAGUGAUUGCCAUGUUCUUCUGGUUGCUUCUUGUAAUCAUCCUCCGGACCGUUAAGCGGGCCAACGGAGGGGACAUGAAGACUGGCUAUUUGUCAAUCAUCAUGGAUCCUGAUGAAGUCCCUAUAGAUGAGCACUGUGAACGGCUCCCGUAUGAUGCCAGCAAGUGGGAGUUUCCCAGAGACCGGCUAAAGCUAGGUAAACCUCUUGGGCGUGGAGCUUUUGGCCAGGUCAUAGAAGCAGAUGCGUUUGGGAUCGACAAAACUGCUACCUGCAAAACAGUGGCAGUCAAAAUGCUUAAAGAGGGUGCAACCCAUAGUGAGCACAGAGCACUUAUGUCGGAGCUGAAGAUCCUCAUUCAUAUUGGCCACCAUCUCAAUGUCGUCAAUUUACUUGGAGCCUGCACAAAGCCAGGAGGCCCACUCAUGGUGAUCGUGGAAUAUUGCAAGUUUGGAAAUCUGUCAGCUUACCUACGGAGCAAGAGGAGUGAAUUUGUCCCGUACAAGACCAAAAGUGCCAGGUUUCGGCAGGGGAAGGAGAACUAUGUUGGUGAUGUCUCCGUGGACCUGAAGCGACGGUUGGACAGCAUCACGAGCAGCCAGAGCUCAGCAAGCUCUGGCUUUGUGGAAGAGCGGUCUCUGAGUGAUGUGGAAGAGGAGGAUGCUGGUCCUGAAGACCCUUGCAAGAACCCUUUGACCAUGGAGGAUCUCAUCUGUUAUAGCUUCCAGGUGGCGAGGGGAAUGGAGUUCUUGGCUUCACGCAAAUGCAUCCACAGGGACCUGGCUGCUCGUAAUAUCCUCUUGUCAGACAAUAACGUGGUUAAAAUCUGCGAUUUUGGCUUGGCUCGAGACAUCUACAAAGACCCAGAUUAUGUCAGGAAAGGAGAUGCCAGACUACCCCUAAAAUGGAUGGCACCAGAAACCAUUUUUGAUAGAGUAUAUACCAUUCAGAGUGAUGUAUGGUCCUUUGGAGUUCUGCUGUGGGAAAUAUUUUCAUUAGGUGCAUCGCCAUACCCUGGAGUGAAAAUUGACGAGGAAUUUUGCAGAAGACUGAAAGAAGGAACAAGAAUGAGAGCACCAGACUAUACAACACCAGAAAUGUACCAAACAAUGCUGGAUUGCUGGCAUGGAGAUCCUAAGCAGAGACCAACUUUUUCAGAGCUGGUGGAGCACCUGGGGAAUUUACUGCAAGCCAACGUCCGUCAGGAUGGUAAAGACUACGUUGUCCUUCCUUUGUCAGUAUCGCUGAAUAUGGAAGAGGAUUCGGGUCUCUCUCUCCCAACUUCACCUGCUUCCUGUAGGGAGGAAGAGGAAGUCUGUGAUCCUAAAUUCCAUUAUGACAACACAGCAGGAAUUAGUCAGUACCGACAAGGUAGCAAAAGAAAAAGCCGCCCUGUGAGUGUGAAAACAUUUGAAGAUGUCCCAUUGGUAACCACUGUAAAAGUUGUUCAUGAGGAAAACCAGACAGAUAGUGGGAUGGUUCUUGCAUCUGAAGAGCUGAAGACAUUAGAAGAGAGUGAUAAACAAGUGAAAAUACCCUUUAGCACGCUGGUGCCCAGCAAGAGUAACGAGUCCGUCAUGUCCGAAGCCUCCAACCAGACGAGCGGGUACCAGUCCGGGUACCACUCAGAUGACAUGGACACCACCGUCUACUCCAGCGAGGAGACUGAACUCUUGUGUGCCCGGGAGGCUUCGCCGCCGCUCUGCCGUGCGCAUGGGCUUGCCUACGAAGGCGCUGCGCCGCUUGCCUCCCCGCCGCUCUAGGGCAAAGCUGGCGGCUCUGCGUUCCCCCGGGAUGUGCCUUCCUUGCCUGGACUGGUGGUAUUCAGGUUUGAUUUAUAGAAAGACCACAUCUGUGAGACUAAGAAAAGACGUUUAUUUUUCCUGAAGAGGAUGCAGAAACAUCUGGCAGCAAAACUGCGCCGUGCUAGGCUGCGGGGCGCUUUCCUCGAGAGACGCUGGCGGCUGAGAGCGCAAAGCCCCGUCUGUGGUGUGUGGGUGCUGUGCCAACCCGAUGGCAGAGGCAGUGUGGUGGCCUUUGGGACCCCGGUGACAUGCCGAGUGUCUGCCCGAUGCAGGCAGCAGCACAGCAUUCAACUUAACAGUUUCUAGUUGUACGAAAUAAUGACCCAGCCCUGCUCUUUUUUUUUUUCUUGUUUUUCCCCUUGCGGCUGGACUCCAGGAAGGAAACAGCACGGCACUGGCUUCUUGUUUCUCAGAGUUAUCCCUUGCUUGCACCUCAACAAACAAAAAAAGGAACCUCCAGCUCAAGGCUCUGGCACUCACCAACGGCCUGAGACUAAACAUAGGCUGGGCUAAAUAUAGGUGGGGGCAAUGGUCUCUGUCCUUGGCGGAGAAAAAAAGUUGCUGUACCAGACCUCAUGAGCUGCAUUUCCUUGGAAGGCUUGCCCGGUGAGGUUGGUUAGUAGGGAGGAGGCAGAGCGCCGAGCCAAGUGAUGGGACAGGGGUGCUGGGGGCAUGCUUCAUGUCUGGGGGUGGCCUCAGAGGCACCCUUGGUCCGUGCCAGGCACCUACCUUCUGAGCUAGCCUGAAACAGCCGCAGAAAAUGCCCCCCACUUUGAAUCGCCGCUGGGGCAGCCUCUGCAACAGGUAGAAAGGGCAAUGUAAUCUACCUUAGGACUGUAGGGAGCCCUGUGGUCCUGAUGGGGUAUCCUAAGGGCAUCCUACCUUCUCAUCUCAUCCCCGCUCCCUCAGAUGUAGGUCUGACUCCUUCACUUUGCAAACUCCAAGUCUGUUUGCACCGGCAGAGAUCUUGGUUUAUGUAGUCUUGGGAAUCCGUGACUGGUUUCAUGGCAGCUCUGAUCUUCUCCGAGUGGUGAGAUUGUGACUAAUUGUUGGACAACUUCUUACCUGUGCUCUUGUAGUCCCAGAGCUCUAUUGAUAGACACAAUGCAGGCUACAAGAUUUUAAAAUGUAAAGCUAUUUCUACUGAGUCCUUUUUUGUAUUUUUAUAAUGUUUUUUUGUUUGUUUGUACUUACUAUAAUGUCAAAUGCUGGGAACCAUGAAUAUAAGGCAUAUACAGU